CACCUUUCCGCACUGCAUAUCGUCGCCUCCUAGAGUGAAUCAUCACGUACUGCUACACUGGCGUGGACCCUUCCCUUCACGUUCUUCUACCUAUACCGCCGCCAGCCUCGACGACCUUAAUGCUACGAUUACCAUACGCCUUUGCCUACUCACGUUUUCAUCACGCUUGUCAACGUUCUAUGCGCAUUUAUCUUUAUCUGUCUUUCCCCUUCACGGCCGCAUAUUCCCUCUCAUGGCCGUAUCUUCCUUUUCUUACGGCCGGAUGUCUUUUCCUCCAUGGCCUGCCAAUCACCCUCGGCCUCAACCCAAUCUUCCUCGGCCCUCUGUCCUCCUUCUCGACCUCAUGGUUAUGGAUUUAUGGUGGAAAAAGCGUCCUCAAGGGACGCGCUCGUGUUAUCAUAGCCACUCAUGUAAAGACAUGUAAAGGAUGUGUAUGUAGAAUGCAUUUGCGCUGCUAGAACUUCGGAUCACUCGACUAUGCGAGGUGGACUUGGGGAGGAGGGGAAUGUAUGCGCGACGUCACCUG